UCCGAAAUCCAAACCACACUAGUAGAUAACAUAAUUGUAGAGAGAGAAAAAGAAAACUAGAGAGAGAAGGAGAGAGGGAGGGAGGAGGAAGGAGGAACUAGAGAGAGAGAGAGAGAGAGCAGCAUCACAUGGCCUCGUUGCCGCUGGGGCCUCAGCACAAUAAUCCAUCGAACCAUCAACAUUUACAGCAACAGCAUGACCAAGGCGGAGCAGCAGCCGUGAGGCACGUCGCGGCCGCCACUGCUCAACGGCCGGAGAUGGAGACCGACAAGGAAAUGUCAGCUGCUAUAGUUGAAGGGAAUGAAGCCGUCACUGGUCACAUUAUUUCAACCACAAUUGGAGGCAAGAAUGGAGAACCCAAAAGGACAAUUACUUACAUGGCAGAACGUGUUGUUGGAACGGGAUCAUUCGGAAUAGUUUUCCAGGCAAAAUGCUUAGAAACUGGGGAAACUGUGGCCAUAAAGAAGGUUUUGCAGGACAGACGGUAUAAAAAUCGUGAGCUACAGCUGAUGCGCUUGAUGGAUCACCCAAAUGUCAUUUGUUUAAAACACUGCUUCUUUUCUACAACUGCUCGAGAUGAGCUUUUCCUUAAUCUUGUCAUGGAAUAUGUUCCUGAAAGUUUAUAUAAGGUCUUAAAGCAUUACAGUAAUUCAAAUCAGAGGAUGCCACUUAUUUAUGUCAAACUCUAUAUGUAUCAGAUAUUUAGGGGUCUGGCUUAUAUCCACAAUGUUCCAAGGGUUUGCCAUAGAGAUGUAAAACCUCAAAAUCUUUUGGUUGAUCCACUGACCCACCAAGUCAAGCUCUGUGACUUUGGAAGUGCAAAAGUUCUGGUCAGGGGUGAAGCAAAUAUUGCGUAUAUCUGCUCCCGUUACUACCGGGCUCCAGAACUUAUAUUUGGUGCAACAGAAUAUACUUCAUCAAUUGAUAUUUGGUCAGGUGGCUGUGUCCUUGCUGAGCUUCUUCUGGGGCAGCCACUUUUCCCUGGAGAAAAUGCAGUAGACCAACUUGUAGAGAUUAUUAAGGUACUCGGGACUCCAACACGAGAAGAAAUUCGAUGUAUGAACCCAAAUUAUACUGAUUUUAGAUUCCCACAAAUCAAAGCUCAUCCUUGGCAUAAGGUUUUCCACAAAAGAAUGCCCCCUGAAGCAAUUGAUCUAGCUUCCCGGCUACUCCAAUACUCACCAAGUCUCCGCUGUACUGCUCUAGAAGCAUGUGCACAUCCCUUCUUUGAUGAGCUCCGGGAGCCCAAUGCCCGCCUCCCAAAUGGUCGACCUUUCCCACCGCUCUUCAACUUCAAGCAGGAAUUAGCUGGAGCUUCACCUGAGUUGAUCAACCGAUUGAUACCUGAGCAUGUCCGACGGCAGAUGGGUUUGAACUUUCCCCAUCCCGGUGGACCCUAAUCACAUUAGUGAAGAAUAUGAAGUACCUAUUCCAGAGGAUGAAUGUGAAAUUAUAGCAAGCAAUGUUAGUUAAUGUAAUGGAACGGAACGGAGGUGUUUUGGCCCAACCCACGGUUAUAACACCCUUAAAAGUUGUAUGCUUGUACUGGCUCUUCAGUGUUCAGUGUUCAGCUCCACUGGGAAAAUUUGUGGUGCUGUGUACUAUGUGGUUUUAGCCAAGGAAACCUAUUACCUCGCCUGUACAUUGUUUUGGUCAAGGGACUUUAGAGAUUUAGGAGUACCAAAAGACAGCUGCUAUUCGUGUCUAGUUAGGCAGAUUUGCUUCAGAGACAAUCAGCGCACCAAGAGGCUUAUUGUAGCUUGGUUUGUGUUUUAUCUAAAUGCCAUUGUUCCUAGUAA